CCUGCCUGAGGUCUCCACGGCAACACUAUGCAGGAGAAUUAUGAGACGCUCAUCUCUCUGGAAGAGAUGGCGAUUAGUCUGCCUCGGAUCACUGCACUGGCUGAGUCUCACCGGAGAGGGCUGGCAUCGGGAUUUCCACUUUCUAAACCUGACCUGCUCUCUUGGAUGGAACGAGGGGAGGAUCUGUGGGUUCCAGACCUUCACGAGCCUGAUGGCAGGGCGAUGCUGAAGGAGGCCAGCCCAGGUGAUGAUCUGAGUAGAAAGAACGAGGGGGGUCUUCCUCAGCAAGACACUCCCAGCAAGACAGAGCUAAGAGCAAAGAGCUCCCUAGAGGGGAAUCCAGUCGAGGGAAAGAGCCAGCCAGAAGAGAGACGGGGAAGCUCAGCAUCUGAAGGGAAAGAGCAGCAGCGGAUGAAACCAAUCCCUCAGACAGUGGGCAUCUCCAAACCCCUGCUGCCCCCUGGGAAACCACAAGGGGGCGAGAGAGGACACCCGUGUGCCGAGUGCGGCAAAAGCUUCAGCCAGAAGUCCAACCUCCUGAGGCAUCAGAGGCUUCACUUGGACGAGAGGCCCCACAAGUGCGACGGGUGUGAUAAGAGCUUCUCAGAAGCCGACGCGCUAGCCAAACACCGCAAAUGCCACGUGGGUGACAAGCCCUACAAGUGUGAGGACUGCGGGAAAAGCUUCAGCUGGACCUCCCACCUGGAGAGGCACCGGAGGAUCCACACCGGCGAGAAACCCUACGAGUGCAAGGAGUGUGGGAAAGCGUUUAGCGUCGGGUCGCACCUGGAGAGGCACCGGAGGAUCCACACGGGGGAGAAGCCCUAUCAGUGCAAAGAGUGUGGGAAGAGCUUCACCGUCAGCUCCACCCUGGUCCAGCACCAGAGGACCCACACCAACGACAAGCCCUACCAGUGCGAGGACUGUGGAAAGGGCUUCAACGUCAGCGCUAACCUGGUGGCUCACCAGAGGAAACACUUGGGCCAGAAGCCCUACGAGUGCCCAGACUGUGGGAAGAGCUUCAGCUUCACUUCCCACUUGGAGAGACACCAGAGAAUCCACACAGGCGAGAGGCCCUAUCAGUGCACAGACUGUGGGAAGAGUUUCAGCCGCAGCUCCCACCUCUACCGGCACCAGAGGAUCCACACGGGGGAGAAGCCGCGCCAGUGCACGGACUGCGGGAAGAACUUCUACCUCAGCACAGCCACCCUCCACCACCUCCAGACUUCCCCAAACGGGAGCAGGGACCCUGCAAAAUGUGCAGAAUGUAGCCGCAAACAGGCAGCCCCAGAGCCCCCGCCUCCGCCCUCGCCGCCAGUUUGGAGCGAGAAACCUUAUAAGUGCCCUGACUGUGGGAAAGGUUUUGGUCAGAGUUCGUCGCUGGUUAAACACCAGAGAAUCCACACAGGGGAAAGGCCUUAUCAGUGCCCGGAGUGCGGGAAAAAGUUCAGCUGGUGCUCAGCUCUCAUCAAACACAAGAGAAUCCACACGGGAGAGAAGCCGUACCGGUGUGAAGAGUGUGGCAAAGCUUUCAGCGUCAGCUCCCACCUGGAGAGGCACCAGCGUGUGCACUCCCCCGACAGACCGCACAAGUGCGCCGAAUGCGGGAAGACCUACGGAGAACUGGUGUCACUGGUGAAGCAUCAGAAAUCUCACGCGGCCGAGAGCAAGCGCUACCGGUGCCCCGACUGUGGGAAAAGCUUCAGCUGGACUUCCCACUUGGAAAGGCACCGGAGAAUCCACACCGGGGAGAAACCUUACAAGUGUGGAGACUGUGGGAAGAGCUUCAGCGUCAGCUCCCACUUGGACCGGCACCGGAGAAUCCACACUGGGGAGAAGCCUUACCGCUGCAGCGAGUGCGGGAAGAGCUUCAGUGUCAGCUCCACCCUCCUCCAGCACCAGCGGACCCACUCCAGCGGGAAGCCCCACAAGUGCAAGGAGUGUGGGAAGCGGUUUGUGGCCAGCGCCCAGCUGCUCACGCACCAGCGGACCCACCGGGGCGAGAAGCCCUACGAGUGCACCGCCUGCGGCAAGAGCUUCGGCUUCGUCUCCCACCUGGAGAGGCACCAGCGGGUCCACACGGGAGAAAAACCCUAUAAAUGCCCUGACUGUGGAAAGAGCUUCAAUCAGAACUCCCACCUCCUCCUCCAUGGGAUGGUCCACUCGGGGGAGAAGCCUUGCAUUUGCAAUGACUGCGGGAAGAGCUUUGUGACCACCUCAGCCCUCGUCAAACACCAGAGCAUCCAUGUGGAAGAGAAACCCUUCAAGUGUGUGCAGUGUGGGAAGAGCUUCCGCCAGAACUCGCACUUGGUAAUCCACGAGAGAACCCACUCAGGAGAGAAACCCUGCCCUUGCCCAGAAUGCGGGAAACGCUUUGGGGACACGUCGGCCCUCAUCAAACAUCAGAGGACCCACUCAGGUGAGAAGCCCUACACGUGCCCUCACUGCGAGCGAGGUUUCGGGCAGAACUCUCACCUCCUGCAGCAUCUGAAGACGCACACGGGAGAGAAGAGCUACCAGUGUGCCGAAUGCGAGAAAAGCUUCAGCCAGAAGGCUCAGCUGAUUGUCCACCAGAGAGUCCACUCGGGGGAGAAGCCCUACAAAUGCUCUGACUGUGGGAGAUGUUUCAGUCGCAGCUCCAAUCUGAUUUCACACGAGAGAACUCACACGGGAGAAAAACCUUACAAGUGUCCUGACUGUGGGAAGUGCUUCAGCAGGAGCUCCAAUGUUCUUAUGCAUCAGAGAAUCCACAACGGGGAGAAACCCUUCAAGUGCCCUUGCUGUGGGAAGAACUUCCGACGCAGUUCUCACUUGAUAGUGCACCAGAGACUCUGCCAUGGAGGCUUUCAAGAAUAG